AUGAACCGAUCAAAUGUUCAUCUUCUGGAUUUACCUGAUGAAAUAUUACUUAUUAUUUUGAAAAAGUUGAACAAUAUUGAUGUACUUUAUUCUUUAUUGGAUAUAAAUAAUGGACGACUUAACAUUCUUGCACAAGAGAACACUUUCACCAACAUUCUGAAGUUUGUCUCCAUUGAUGAUAAUCCUUUACUCGAUCGAUUCAGCAACUAUAUAUUACCAAGAAUUCAUCAUAAUGUCAAAUGUUUUAUUCUUGAUCCCAUUCUUAUGGAACGUACUCUUCUUGCAAUCGACUAUCCGAAUCUAACUGAACUUAAAAUUUUUCAUUUCCACGAAGGAACUGUUUUAAAUUAUUUUACAGAUAAAUCAUCACUUCGACCUAUUUUCCAAGAACAAAUUACAAAUCUUAUUCUUGUCAAUAAUGAUCAAGAUGGAAUGAUAAGUUCAUUGAAAACUUAUACUACAAAUGAUAAAUUAUUUAAUCUAAAAUGUUUCACAUUAAAAUCGCUCUUUCGAUUUGAACAAUAUGAUAAUAUUGUAUCACUUCUUCGCCGGAUGUCAUAUUUGGAAAAAUUAACUUUAUAUCUUCGUAUAGAAAGUCGAAAUAGAGUCAUUGAUGGUACUUAUGUUCAACAUGAUAUUUUAGAUAAUAUGCCACAACUUGAUUCAUUCACUUUCUAUAUUUGUACUUAUGUCGAUAUGGUUGGCUUAUCCUACAAAUUAUCUAGUGAAGAUAUUCAACAAACAUUUAGACAACAACAUGUCACUAGUAUAGUCAAUUAUAUUAAUGGUGAUAUAGCUGCAUGCUCGAUUUUCUCACUUCCUUUUCGAUUUGAUUAUCUGGAAGAUCUUGGCAAUAAAUUUCCAAAUAUUGUAUUCAGUUACGUUGUGUUUUUACUUCUAGAAGAUAUUAAUCCAUUCAAACAUGAAUUCUUCGCUCGAAUUGCUCGAUCGUUUCCAUUACUGAAGUAUUUACGUAUUUUUAAUAAAAAAUCAUCGAUAUUACAUGAUGGUAUGACACUUUCAUCUGACAAUUGUCAAUUAUAUUCAAGUAUUGAAUACCCUCAUCUGACUAGACUCGAUGUCAGAUAUGCACAUAGGGAUUAUGUUGAACAAUUUCUAAAUGAAACAAAGACAUAUAUGCCUUCUCUGACGGAAUUGGGAGUCGUUGUUUCUCACUUAAAAUAUGUAACAAAGGAUUUUAAAAGAGAAGAAACGCGACGCAAUUGUGCUAAGGUGAAAAAAUUACUUACACUUGAGCCAUUAGUAUGUUCGAAAGAUUUUUGGCUUUAUUUUCCUUCGUCGUAUAAGUAG